AUGGCAACGGGAACAACUAUCAGUAGCCAAGCACACCGUGCGCUACUUGAAGAAUAAACAUAGGAUGCAAAUGGCAACUCCAGCCCAGCAGCUGUGGGCCAUGCUGGACGACAUGGCGGACAGCGACCCGGAGGGUUACCAGGCCUUCAUUCGGCAGCAGCUCCAGGAGGGGGCUGACUUCUGCGCACCGCCUGAGCCCCAGUAUUGCCUGCGGACCCAUAUACUGGGGCCAGAGGAGAGGGUGCUGUACAUCAAUGUGUGCGGCUGGAAGCGGGUACCCCGGCCGGAUUCCCCGGCCCACGCCGUGCCUUUGUGUGGGGGGAGGCUGGAGAUGGUCUCAGAGGGCCCGGAAACGUACUACGUGCUGGAUGUGGCCUUCAACCCCGAGGUCCUGCGCGGAGAGCAGGAAGGGGACCGGCGUGCAUGGUCGGCCCGGCUGGCCGUGGACUUUGUGCAGCAGCAACACGACCUCCAGGUGUCGCAGGGCUACACGGUCGCUAAGACCCACCUGAUGGGAAGCGAGCGGAGCCUGCAUGAGCGCCUCGCCUCCUCACGGCGGGCCGUUGCCCCAGACCUAGUUCCCACAGACGCCUCCUUUCUGCAGCAGAUCUCUUCACUCCGCAGCAGAGCAGAUGACCCCCCUGUGGUCCUGGCCCCCUUCGAGCAGCCCGGCCCCCAAACUCCACCUCUCAUCCAGGUGAUCUCCAACACGGAGACGCCAUGGCCUCAGCAGCCAAAGUACGAGCUCACGCUGAGCGAGUGCCCGGCGGCCAGCAUCCGCCUGAGGGUGCACCUGCCUGGCGUCCGCUCCGUCUCCCAGUGCCAGCUCAGCGCUUCACUGGAUGACAUCCUGCUGCAGGUUGAGGACCUAUACCGACUUCACCUGGAGCUCCCAGCGGCAGUAAGAGAGGAGGAAACCACAGCCGUUUUCAACAGAAAGAGAGAAACGUUGUCUGUGUCCCUGCCUCUGCUCUGAGCUCAUGGUCUCGUAGGCUUCCAUAAUCUCCAUCAAGGGUCUCGACUUCGCAUAGCGCCAUCCAGAACCCCGCAGCGCAUCUUACGAACCCUCCGCAGACUAAUGGACCAAACAGUGCCGUCGUUGCCAGUCCACACGGUCUCUCCAGGGUCUUUUAUUUUGUGAUAAUCACAGCUCAGGUGGACCAUGAAGUGGCCUUUUUAGGUCACAACGCUGGCUCAAAGAGAGGGAUCCGAGCAAACGCAGAAUGAAAUGAAAGUACAGAAUUAGACUGAAGAGGCUUUCUAUCUGGACAACCUUUUGGAAAAUCAUUAAAUAUUUUCAUUGGAAUAAAUUCAGUUUAAAUAUCUUGCAUAGUGUUUUUA